AUGAUGUGGCAGCACCAGGGCCUCGCGGGCGUGUCGCAGUGGCUCGUGAAGAUAGACUGCCACCCGGUAAGGCACGCGAAGAGCGCGGACCCCAACGGGGAGUAUGUGCGCAGGUGGGUUCCGGAGCUCGCGCGGCUGCGCCGCGAGCACAUCCACCAGCCCUGGGCCGCCCCCGCCGCGGCGCUCGCGGCCGCAGGGGUGGCGCUGGGCGGAGAGGGGCCCGGCUCCUACCCCCACAGGAUCGUGGAGGACGUGGACGCGGCGCGGGCGGCGUUCCUACGCGACGCGCGGCAGUGCCGCGCCGAGGCGCCCGCCAGCUGCUUCAGCGCCGAUGGCUGCGACUACCUGUCCAACCCUGCGACGUCGGGCCUCCGCGCCCCCGGCAUCUGGGCCCUGACCGAGCGCUGCGUGUGCGGCAGGCCAGAGCCCCGCGCGCCGGCCGAGAGGGGCGGCGGGCCGGCUGGGAAGGGCGGGCGCCCGGGCGGCGAGAGGGCGCCGGCGCGCGGCGCGGCCGAGGCUCCCGUCCGGAGGGUGUUCGCCAGCCCCGGCGCCGCGGCAGCGUUCGCCGCGGGGGCGGCGAAGGGCAAGGGGAAGCGCAAGUCCGCGGGCAUGGACGACGCGGCCCUGCCCGAGGAGAGGCGCGGGGCUGCGGAGCGCUGGGGGCGCCGGGGCGCCGGUGCCACUGGCGAGGCCGCGGCCGCCGCCCAGCCGGAGAAGCGGCGGCAGGGCCGCUGGCGUGUCCGCGAGGCUGUCGUGAACGAGACGAUCGCGGGAGCGUGA